CCGUCCGAUCUAGGCCGUGCGUGCCUAACUCAAAAUCAAGCCACCCGAAUUAUUCGUUUACCCUACUCAAGAAACGUAGAAAACUAUCAAUUAAUAAGAGACCAAGACGUCACCUGCAAUUUCCUGUCGAUUUCAGAAAUCUUUCUUUCCGGUUCGUAAUCCCCAAGUUGUUUCACUCGUUGAUAGCAUCCUCUUGAUCACAAUGGCCAAAAGCUCCUUCAAACUAGAGCAUCCUCUGGAGAGGCGACAAGCUGAAGCUGCUCGUAUCAGAGAAAAAUAUCCUGACAGAAUUCCGGUUAUUGUUGAAAAGGCUGAAAGAACUGACAUACCUGACAUUGACAAGAAAAAGUAUCUGGUACCUGCUGAUCUGACUGUAGGACAGUUUGUUUACGUGGUCAGAAAGCGUAUUAAGCUCAGUGCUGAAAAGGCCAUUUUUAUCUUUGUCAAGAAUGUUCUGCCACCUACUGUUAAGAAUAAGUUUCAAACCUUUUUUAAUAUUAAAGAUCUCGUGUAUAUGAUGAGAUUAUUUGCAACUUUGUUUAGCUGCUAUGAUGUCUGCAAUAUAUGAAGAAAACAAAGAUGAGGAUGGGUUUUUGUACAUGACGUACAGUGGGGAGAAUACGUUUGGAUUGUUUUGAAGUGCAUGCUAUGGAAAAAGGUUGAUGAUUGAUGUGAUGUGAAUAUGGUGAUUUGGGCAACAUGAAUAUGUACAUUCUUACUCUAUUAUGGUUAUUUGGAUAUUUUUCUAUUAGCUUCAGACCUAUGUCUUCUCUUUGCUUUUUCCUUGAUUUGACAAAUUGAAAUGCUUUUACGUUUUAUGUUGGAAGUUGGAAUUAGUUGAUGGUGAUGUGAAUGAAUGGUGUUUGCUUAGUGUUAA